GUGUUAUUUUCUCUGCCUAGUAUUGAAAGUGGUCUUAUUUUAGUAUAUGGGAAAACUAAUGCUCUAAAUUAUGUACGUAGAUGUUACAAUAGAAAUGGUAUUAUCUUUGUAUUCACUCCUGAGCUUUCUAGGCUCCUAGCUAUUGGUUCUUUGCAGCCACAAUAGAGAUGGUAUUAUUAUUGCUUUAUUUAUAAUUAUUAUCGUUGUAUUAAUCUUGUUUUCAUUGGGUAUAAUAGUGAUGGAUUCUAGGAGAAAUAAAAUUAUUAAGACUAUCUUGCAAGAACAAGAAGAAGACGAUGAACUAUUUUUCCUUUUGGUUCCCGCUUUAUAUGCUUCCCUUUAUGAGGAAAAGCAUCUAGUUCACACAUCAUCUUCAUCCGGGGCUGCAAAGGUUAAGGAAAUAUUAGAAGGCCACGAGAGUUGGUCUAGGGUUGAGUUUCGGAUGGAACAUGAGAUUUUUAAGUCUAUCGUGGAUUACCUUAGAAGAGAGAAUCUAUUGAAGGGCACGUCGCGUGUUUCUGUCGAGGAGCAGUUGGCAAUGUUCAUGUACAUGAUUUCGCACAAUGCUAGUAAUCAAGAUCUACAAAAAUACUUCCAACACAGCGCAGAAACAAUUCAUAGGAAGAUAAACAGGAUUUUUGACUUAAUUCCAACUCUAGCCCAAAGAUUUAUAAAGAUUCCAAGUUCACUCCAGCCCCAUCCGAAGAUUGUUUCAAACAAUCGCUAUUGGCCUUAUUUCCAGAACUGCAUUGGUGCUAUAGAUGGACAUAUCCCCAUCACUAUUGCUGAAGAUAAGGCCCCCCCAUUUAGGAAUAGGAAAGGAACCCUCUCACAGAAUGUCAUGGUUGCAUGUGAUUUUGAUCUGAAUUUCACAUUUAUUUCAUGUGGGUGGGAAGGGUCUGCAUCAGAUGCAGGAGUUCUUCGUUCUGCUAUUAGAAAGGGGUUUCAUGUGCCAGAUGGAAAAUUUUAUCUCGUAGAUGGUGGAUAUGCAAACACGCCUUCUUUUCUUGCACCAUAUCGAGGAGUUCGGUAUCACCUGAGUGAAUUUAGGAGGCGGCGCUCAUCUAAUACGGGCUAUGCCGACCAUAGGGAGCUGUUCAACCAUACCCAUGCAAUUCUCCGGAACCACAUCGAAAGGAGCAUUGGUGUUCUAAAAAAACGUUUCCCUAUCUUGAAAGUGGGCAAUCACUACCCAAUAGAGUCACAAAUCAAGAUUCCGGCGGCAUGUGCUGUAUUCCAUAACAUCAUUAGAGCUCAAAGUGGUGAUGAGGCAUGGUUGGAUCACCAACCACCUUUAAUUCCACCAGAAACAUAUGUUGAUGUUCCAGAGGGAGAUGAUGUCAACCAAUAUCAUCACAAUGAGGCAAACAAUGGAAACACUCUUAGAGAUCAAAUCGCGAUGCAAAUGUGGGCUGAUUAUUACAACUAGUCGGACAUGAGUUUAUUUUAUAAAGUUUUUCUCACCUUUUCUUAGGUAAAGCAGUGGUAGAGAGAAAUUU